AUGGAGGUGGCGCACUUUGACUCGUUCAGUUCUCCAAUACGAGCAACCUGCGCAAUGAAAAACGAGGAAUCUCCGUCCUCGGACGGUCCAGAUCUUGACGGACACGUCUUGGAGGACCUCGAUCUACAGCACGAGACGACAAGGAGCGACCACCUCGCACCCCCGGAUGCCAUCAUCGAGGUUGAGCCUGCUCCUGAAAAGGUUCCGCUAGCAAAAGUGGCACAAAAUGGCAGCUGCUCCCCAGUGGAGUUAACCAGCAGAACGUGCAGCUGCUGGAAAGUUUCCUUGUCUCACAUAGUUACCUUCUUGACUCUCUGUUGCUUUGUGUUCAUUACGGCGACCGUCGCCUGUCGCCUGGCAAUAGGAAACAGUCAGACUGAACCAGCAGUCAUUUUCAUAGUUACUUGCAUAGUCGCAGCAGUGGGUAUAUGGGGGAUUGUUGCACGGAGUCCAGGGCUGACAAUCGGCUUCGCCUGCCUACUUGUUCUGUUGACCGUAGCAACGAUUGUUUGCGGCUCGUUGGAAGCCAACCGUUUCAGAGAGGAGUUUGCAACACUGGAAGAACUGAAGAGAAAACCAGCUUUGACUCCCGAGGAGGAGCAGCAAGUGAAAGACAUCUCAGAAUCGCUAAAGAUCCUGGCAGCCUUUGUGGCUCUUUAUUUCCUGUGCGCUGCCCUGGUCCUUGUCACGUGCAUCCUUACUUUCAAGUUGCAUCGAACUCUAGCCGAAAACGAGGGAGGAAGAAAGGUCGAUGUGGCGCGGGGGACCUGUGCUGAAACGUACGAAGCAAAACCGACAGAAGCAAUGAGUCGAAAUCAAGAAAAUGAUGGACGAGGGGCAACCGCCCUAUCGGCAGAUGCCCAAAUCCCUCUGACACCUGCGCCUGCAGUCGGCCCAGCGGCGACAAAUGAUGAGGCGGAAGGUGAACAGGUCUCAGAAAAUUGA